CCUUUCUGAAAAUGUCAGCGAUCCGUCUCCAGCCCCCGCCGCCGCUUUCGCCGCCUACACCACCACCUCCAUCGCCGCCUCCACCACCUCCGCCGCCGCCUCCACAGCCGCCUCCUUCGCCACCUCCAUUGCUGCCCCUGGACGCUGCGUGCUCGCUCAACCCCAUGACGAGUGCCGACUACUGGUGUUCGCAAGUCCCGCUGGAAAAUUGCGCGAGCCGCGCCAAGGUGCGAGCCAACGGCCUGUGGUCGGCAUGCCUCGUCAGCGGAGAUGCUUGCAUCAUGGGUGAAGAGGCUACCGAAUGCCCCAUCCGUCUCCAGCCCCCGCCGCCGCUUUCGCCGCCUACACCACCACCUCCAUCGCCGCCUACACCACCUCCGCCGCCGCCUCCACAGCCGCCUCCUUCGCCACCUCCAUUGCUGCCCCUGGACGCUGCGUGCUCGCUCAACCCCAUGACGAGUGCCGACUACUGGUGUUCGCAAGUCCCGCUGGAAAAUUGCGCGAGCCGCGCCAAGGUGCGAGCCAACGGCCUGUGGUCAGCAUGCCUCGUCAGCGGAGAUGCUUGCAUCAUGGGUGAAGAGGCUACCGAAUGCCCCAUCCGUCUCCAGCCCCCGCCGCCGCUUUCGCCGCCUACACCACCACCUCCAUCGCCGCCUCCACCACCUCCGCCGCCGCCUCCACAGCCGCCUCCUUCGCCACCUCCAUUGCUGCCCCUGGACGCUGCGUGCUCGCUCAACCCCAUGACGAGUGCCGACUACUGGUGUUCGCAAGUCCCGCUGGAAAAUUGCGCGAGCCGCGCCAAGGUGCGAGCCAACGGCCUGUGGUCAGCAUGCUACGUCAGCGAAGAAUCCUGCGCCAUGAGUCACGAGGCUGCUGAGUGCCCCACGCCGCCGCCAGCGCCGCCGCAGUCGCCUGUCCUCGACGUGUGCUCGCUCAGCCCCAUCACGAGGGAGAACUUCUUUUGUGCCAAGGUUUCUCCCGCACGCUGUGCGUUAAAGGCCAAGGUGCGAGCCAAUGGCCUGUGGUCGGCAUGCCUCGUCAGCGGAGAUGCUUGCAUCAUGAGCGACGAGACUGCUGAGUGCACGCAGCGAGCAGCGCCUCCACGGCCACCCGGGCCGCUCCUCAGCAACGCAUGCUCGCUCAACCCCAUCACUUCUCUCCGUUUUCACUGCGUCGAUCUCACGCCGGAGAGUUGCGCCGGCAGUGCCAAGGUGCGAGGCGGUGGCCUGUGGUCGGCUUGCUUCGUCAGCGGCGAAACGUGCAGGAUGAGUGAGCUAAGGGUCAACUGUGCGCCUCCACCGCCUGCGUCGCCGCCGCUGGCACCGCCGCCUCUGCCGCCGCCUGCGCUGCCACCGACGGCGCCAUUGACGGCGCCAUUGACGGCGCAGGUCGGCAGCCCGUUCAUGGGAUGGCCGGAAUGGACCAGCAUUGCACUCCCUGGCGCCCUGGUGCUGUGCGUGCUUUUGCUCUGCGUCACCACGUUCCGGCUGCUGCUGCGCAUCGCCGCGGCCCACGGCACGAGCCCGUGGACCCUCCUCGGCUUGUGGGUCGCGCGGAGCCCCCUUGCGCGCCUCGGCGUCGGUGCCGCGCGAGGGGUGCGGCGGGUCUGCCGCUGGCUUUGCACGCACCUGCCCGUCCUUCACGGUAUGCGCCCUGCCGCUACGUCGCACGCCGUGUGGGAGCGGAUCUGCCGCAGGGCCAACAAGGAGCCGACCGAAGCCCCCCCCGACGUCGAGCGGCGCCCGUUCGUCGAGCAGCGCUCGGCGCUGGAGCAGAAGCUGUGGGGGGCGGCCGCGCGCGAGGCCGCGCAGCUUCGGGAGUGGCUGCAGGCGACGCGGAACACGACGCCCUUCAUCGAGGGGCUCGCCUCUUUGGUUUCCUCGCACCGCCACGGCCAUUGUGCUGACGUCGCAGACCCUGAGGCGGGUGGGAGGCUCACCAGGGCGUUCUCGCUGGGCAGCAGGAUGCCCAGCACGGAAGCGUCGAAAGCGUCGCUGAGCCUGGGGGACCUGCUUCGCUUCUGCCUCAACGAGCAGGGCGCGGGGGGGCGCACUCUGUGGGAGGAGUGGAAGGCAGGCCUCCGCGCCACCCGGCCAAACGAGGCCACCAUGGAGGAGUCUGAGCUCGUCUCAGUGCACGAGUUCGCCGCGCUGCUGCUCUCGCCGUGCAACAGCGCCAUCGAGCAGAGGAGCGCCCCGACGGAGGAUGCGACCGAGCCGCUCAGCAGCUACUGGAUCGCCUCGUCGCACAACAGCUUCCUCGAGGGGGACCAGCUCACCUCUGCGGCCUCGGCCGACAUGUACCGCCGCCUCCUGCUCUCGGGGACUCGCUGCCUCGAGAUCGACUGCUGGGACGGGCGGUGGUCGGGCCAGGGCCCGCGUGUCACUCAUCGCAUGCCGGGCGGGGUCUCUCUCCUUUGCGGGAGCGUAGCCUUCGGCGAGGUGGUCGCCGCGAUAGCCGAGCACGCCUUCACCAGCAGUCCUCUGCCCGUGAUCCUGAGCAUCGAGAUGCACUGCUCGGCGAAGCAGCAGAAGAAGGUCGCCAAAGAGCUCAUCGACACGCUCGGCGACAUGCUCUUGCGCACGCCGCGGUCGCCCUUCGAGCGCCCCACGGCCGCGAGCACCCUCCGCGAGCUGCACCGGACGGUGCUCGUCAAGAUGCGGCUCGAUAGGGGAGGGGUGAUCACCGACCCGCUCCUCCGCUCGCUCGUCACCCUCCCCACGUGCUCCAUCGGUUCGUCGCCGCCCGUGGAGGACGACAGCGGCAGGCGGCUCGACCGCAAGGGGAGCUGGAAGGAGCUCAGCGGCCGCUCUCUCCACCGGGGCGUCUGGGGCCGGCUCCGCGGCGUGCCUCUCGAGUGCCACGCAAAGGGCGACGGCGACAGCAGGGCCACGCAGGACAUCUCCGAGUCUUCCCUCGGGUCUCUAAGCUCGACCUGCUUGCAGAGCGGCCCGUGGCCAGCGGAGGAACCGGCGAGCGAGCUCUCGGCCGCCAAGCUGCCGCGCCGAGGUGUCGUGAGCUUGUCUGAGGAGCGGCUGGAGCGGCUGGCGAGCGAGGAGGGAGGGUGGCUGCCCGCCACGGCCGUCCAGCUCGUGCGAACUUUCCCCUCUCCGACUCGAUGGUUGUCGACCAACCCCAACCCGCUUGCGGCGUGGCGCGCGGGUGUCCAGAUGGUGGCGCUCAACCUGCAGACGAACGACGCUCCGGUGCAGCUCCACGACGCUCUCUUUCGCGGCAGCGGUGGCUACGUCCUCAAGCCCGCGGCGCUCCGUGCGCCCGAUCGGGCGAUGCCGCCCCCCAUACCACCCAACAGGAGCCCCAGGACCCCGUCUCGCUUGCUCUCUGGCUCUGGCAGUGAUCGGGCGUCGGGUGAGGGCAGCCUGGCCCCCCGCUCGUCUUUGGAGACGGAGCCCCUGCAGAAGGAGUCAGUGAUAGGGCGGGGGAAGCAGUGGCCGCCGCCGCGGGUGGAGGUGCAUCGGACGAGCCUGAAGGUCCUCUCCCUGCACCAGCUCCCGACGCGGGACGAGUGCCGGCCCCUCCUCGCCGAGCCUCGCCACUCCUUUGCUUCGCACCUCAGCGACAGCCCAUGCCCGCCCAGCGGGGCCCGUGCCAGCGUGUCGAGCCCGCGCGUCGCCGUCGAGCUGCACGCAAUUGGAGGCUUCUGCACCGUCGCGCGCGAGCCGCAGCCGUCGCCCGAGGCGCAGGGCGUGACCCGGCUCGUCACCGCAGUCGCGGAGGGCAACGGCCUCAACCCUAGCUUCGACGAGACCUUCCAUUGCCUCGCGGCCGAGCCUCACCAGACCAUCCUGCGGGUGGUGGUGGAGGAUGAGGGGCGGCUGGUGGCGUAUGAGACGGCGGUGCUCGGCUCCCUCCGCUGCGGCUACCGCUGCCUACACCUGCGCUCGCCCAGCGGCACGCAGAUCGACUCGUGCUGCCUCCUGCUCCACAUCUCCGUUGGGAGCGAGCCAAACACCUUCGGCACCGUCGAAGAGCUGCGCUCCAUGAUGCAGUCGCAGCGCGCGCUCAUCGCCCAGCAGAGCCGCGACAUCGCCCACCUCUCCGCCGAGCUCUCCCGGCUCGGAAGCCAGCCCUCGACGCCGAUGCUGACUCCGGGCGCCACGCUCACGGUCGGCCGCGCCUCCUACGGCGUGGCCCUCUUCCCGCUAGAUGAGCAGCACGCCUCGCCCCACGCCGGUGCUGCGGACGGCCGCGGCAGCGGGCCGGGGGACGCCUCGCGAAAGGACGGCGCGGCCAGCAUCGCGCGCCCGGCGUCCGAGGUGCUUGCGGGCGCUCAGCCUGGAGAUGGUGGCAAGCUCACCCUGCUGCCGCCCUCAGCGCCGACCGAGCGCAGGACUGACCCGCCCGCGAGGGGGCACCCGUCCUCCUACGCCGGCAUCUCCCCGGCGUCAGCGCCGCAGAAGCGCCGCCAAGUAAUGCGUCCACGCCCGCGCCCGCCCGCCGAGCCGGAUCCUCCUCCUCCGCCAGCACGGGCUCGCGCGCGGCUCCGAUUCUAGUGACCAAGCCCCCGAGGGCGGUGGCAAACGCGGGCACCACAGCGUCGUCGUCAACGCACGUCGAGGUGGGGGCGAAGCCUCGAGGGCGAGUGUCGGACCGGAAGCGAGGGUUCUUUUAUUUCCAUUAAUUUUUACGGGCCCCUAAAAU